UCUCUCGUCUAACUUUAAAGACAUGAAGAUUCUUUCAUUCUACGUUCUGCUCCUGUCUGUGCUUUCUCAAUCCCUCCAUUGCUGCAGCCAACAGGACCUCAAAGAUAUCGUUGACUGCUCUUUCAAUUCCACAAACAAAGUAGCGUAUGACUGCAAUGGCCUCCAAAAGUCAUGCAUCUCCUUCGUAACUUUCAGAUCCAAUCCUCUUUAUGAUACCCCUCUUAACAUUGCCAAUCAUCUUAGCUCCCAAGCAGCUUCCAUAGCCUCCAUCAACAACAUCUCCAGCAAUAACAACAACAUUCCCAUCGAUCAACUUGUUAUUGUUCCCAUCGAUUGUUCCUGUUUGGGUGGAAUCUACCAGCAUCCCACUUCUUAUACCUUGAAGGCAGUUGACACCUACUUUACUGUGGCCAACAACACUUAUCAAGGCCUUGCCAUUUGCCAGAUGUUGCUUCGACAAAAUUAUGUCAUCGAUCCCACUGCAGGCAAACAGGUUUCAGUUCCAAUCUUAUGUGCUUGUCCCACUGCUAACCAGAUCUCAGAUGGGGUCUCCUUCCUGCUACUUCACACAGUUGUAUUUGGGGAUUCAAUUGAGUCAAUCGCAAAGGCCUAUGGUGCAGAUCAACAGACUCUGCUAACCGCUAAUAAGUUGCAUCUAAAUGAUCUCAUCUAUCCCUUCACAACUUUUUUAGUUCCCAUCAAACCUUCUUCCUGUAAACUUAAUCCGCAUUUAUUCUACUGCACCUGCUCAUUCUCUCAGAAAUACCUUCCGAGUUCAAGUUUCAACACUCUCGAUUGUGAUCAUCUUCAAAAAGAUGCUCGUCGUUUCCCCAUCAAAUUGGUUGCUUCUUUAGGUGCUGGUAUUGGUGCCGGACUUUUGUGCUUAUUUCUUUUGAGUCACAAGUUACAUCAAUGCCUAAAACAAAAGAAAGAAAGAAUCCGUCGGGAAAAGUUGUUCAAGCAAAAUGGUGGCCUCUUGCUACAAGAAAAGAUAUCAUGUUAUGGAAACCGAGAGAAAGCAAAACUUUUUACAGUGGAUGAGCUGGAACGAGCAACAGAUAACUACAAUCAAAGUAGGUUUCUUGGUCAAGGUGGAUUUGGAACCGUUUAUAAAGGAAUGUUACAAGAUGGUAGCAUUGUCGCAGUCAAGAAGGCAAAAGAAAUUGUGAGAAACCAGAUUGAGACUUUGAUUAACGAAGUGGUGAUUCUGUCCCAAAUAAACCAUAGGAACAUUGUCCAACUCCUAGGUUGGUGUCUAGAGACUGAAGCCCCAUUACUGGUAUAUGAAUUUAUUCCCAAUGGAACCCUUUCUCAUCACAUCCAUAACCAGGAACUCGAAGCAAAGCUUUCAUGGGACAACCGUCUCAGAAUUGCUUGUGAGGUUGCAGGAGCACUGGCCUAUAUGCAUUCUGCAGCUUCCAUUCCCAUCUUCCAUAGAGACGUCAAAACUUCAAACAUACUCCUGGAUCAUAAGUAUAG